GCGGCAGACCGUGUGUAGGAGGAAGUCGGUGUGUCCGUGUAGGUUGGGUCGUGCGUCCGCCUCCCUCUCUUCAUUUCCUGAAUCCCGCUCCUCUUCAGUCUCGGCGACCUGGGGAGACACGGACAGGCACCGAUGAGCUGAACACACCUGGAAAUGAAGCGCGAAGCUCAGCUCCACAUCGCCGCGUUCUGACGACACCCACCGAUGGGCCGAGGGCGUGGGCGGGGCUAGGAUGAGUGCCGAGAUGCUAUUGGAGGAGACGCUGAUCAAACGGUCUCAGCAGAAGAAGCGGACGUCGCCGCUCAACUACAAGGAAAGACUGUUCAUCCUCACCAAGAGCAGGCUGACGUACUAUGAUGGAAAAGCAGAGAAGAAGUUCAGGAGAGGCUCCAUCGAGCUGAGCCGCAUCAGAUGUGUGGAGAUCGUCAAGAACGGGGGAGGAAUCAUUCCCUGCCAGAACAAAUACCCCUUUCAGGUGGUGUAUGAUACCAACACACUCUAUGUUUUUGCUCCGAGUCACGACAGCAGAAGUCUCUGGGUCCAGAGCCUGAAAGACGAGAUCAAAGACAACCUUGUGGUCUUGACGAAGUUUCACCCCCAGUUCUGGCAGGAGGGGGCGUGGCUCUGCUGUCGCCAGGCAGAAAAACAGGCGCUGGGCUGCGAGGAGUACAACCUGUUCGGAGAGAUUACAAGAAAACCUUUGCCUCCGAUUCCUGGAGAGGAACGUAAAGAUGGAAGGCGGCGGCCUCCUCCUCCCCUCCCCCCGACCCCUGUGGAUGACGACGACGAUGACGACGACGACGACGACGACGGGGAUGACGACGAUGACGACGAGGAGGAGGAGGUGGUGGUGGUGGCUCUGUACAACUUCCCGGGCACCGAGCCACACGACCUGAGUCUGGUCAAAGGAGACGAGUACGUCAUCCUUGAAAAGUGCGACGUCAACUGGUACAAGGCGCGCAACAAGUAUGGCGAGGAAGGCUACAUCCCAAGUAACUAUGUAACAGAGAAGAAAUCUGGAAACCUGGUGCAGUUUGUUUGGUACAGUAAACAAGUCAACAGGAACAAGGCAGAGGAGCUGCUGAGGAAUGAGGACAAAGAAGGAGCCUUCAUUGUCAGAGACUCCAGCACCCCAGGGACCUACACCGUCUCGCUCUACGCCAAGUCUGCCGCAGUGGAGGGAGGUGCAGCUAUAAAACAUUACCACAUCAAGGAGACACAAGACCUGCCUCCUCAGUUUUACCUGGCCGAGAAACACGUGUUCAGCUCCAUCCCCGACCUGAUCGAGUACCACAAGCACAACGCAGCAGGUCUUGUAGCAAGGUUGAGGUACCCCGUAGGAAAACAUGACAAGUCUGCUCCGUCCACCGCUGGCUUCAGCUACGAGAAGUGGGAGAUCAACCCCAGCGAGCUGACCUUCAUGAAGGAGCUGGGCAGCGGUCAGUUCGGCCUGGUGAGGCUCGGCAAGUGGCGGGCUCAGCACAAAGUGGCCAUCAAGGCCAUCAGGGAGGGGGCCAUGUACGAGGAGGACUUCAUCGAGGAGGCCAAGGUCAUGAUGAGACUGUCCCACCCUAAACUGGUGCAGCUGUACGGAGUGUGCAGCCAGCAGCAUCCCAUCUACAUCGUCACAGAGUUCAUGGAGCACGGCUGCCUGCUGAACUUCCUCAGGCAGCGGCGGGGCAGCUUCAGCCUGGGGUCCUUGCUGAGUAUCUGCCUGGACGUCAGCGAGGGCAUGGAGCACCUGGAGGCCAACGGUUUCAUCCACAGAGAUCUGGCUGCCAGAAACUGUUUGGUGAACGAGGCUCUGGUAGUGAAGGUGUCCGACUUCGGCAUGGCCAGAUAUGUGUUAGACAACCAGUACACCAGUUCAUCGGGUGCCAAGUUUCCUGUGAAGUGGUCGCCUCCUGAGGUCUUUAACUUCUGCAAAUACAGCAGCAUGUCGGAUGUCUGGUCCUAUGGUGUGUUGAUGUGGGAAGUUUUCACCGAGGGUCGCAUGCCGUUUGAACAGCAUCAGAACCACGAGGUGGUUGCCUUGGUAACCCAGGGUCACCGCCUGUUCAGGCCCAAAAUGGCCUCGCCCGCCAUCUAUGACAUCAUGCAGCUCUGUUGGCACGAGAGACCGGAGGAGCGUCCGUCGUUCGUUCAGCUCUGCAUGAUGAUCUCCGACGCUCUGGAGGGUGACGUCCCUCCCCACGAACUGGCCAACUGACCGAGAAACCAGCAGCUUCCACCAUCCACCGACUGCCACGUUGGCCCCUAACUCCUGCUCCGUGGCCAUUUCUAUGCUAACCUGCCACUCUCCAGGAUGUCAUGGCAGUCGUCGUUUAACUUACUGUGCAAGAAAACGGGACAGCAACAUGGAGAACGCAGUGUAACAGUACCUAGGCUGUCUGAAGCUGACCUAUCAGAUGGAAGGGAAGGACCAGUCGCACCGGCUGUAGUCCACUCGAUCAUAUCAACAUUGGCGGACAAGUCGCCUUCGAGUUUCCUGAACAGCUGGACUGACAGCAGUGAAAACUGAAGUUACAUUCAUAACACACACAUCUGCUCCUGUCAGAUUUGUUUUAGGAUAAGUGAGACGUACAGGAACUGAUAGCGAUGUGGAAAACAUAAUAAUAGGCGUUCGUGAUGGACACAUUAGCCACCUGUCUGUGCAAAUGAAUCCAUCCAGCCGCAGUGUUUCCUCGGGGGACGUCCCCUCAGACCUGGACCUUAGGUCCCUAGGUCAGAAAUGAAAAAAGGUCAGCUACGGUAUCGAGUAAAAAAAAAAAAAAAAAAGUACUUCAAA